GCGUUCUCAGGUUUGUUGAUGCGAAUGUAUCAGAAGUCCGCUCAAGCGCUAUCCGAGUACCGAGAAGUCCUCACAGCUCCCCGCAAGUUUCGGAUGCUUCUCGGAUUGAAUUUAUUAGCUUUCGGGGUGGAACUUCUUAUAUUUGCAGGGUUAAUGGACAUACAGUACUCUUAUCUUCGAUACAAGCUGGGAUGGGGCGAUAAGGAGUACGGAUGGUUUAGUGGACUACAGUACGGUAUAACCACUCUCACAGUAAAUUUUACGUCAUUUUGUUACCUACUGGUUAUGGUUGUCUAUCCGCUCCUGUACAUUCGUGGAUUCACUGACGGUAUUCUCGGAUGUCUUGGCCUACUCGCAAAGGUUAUAUCCUUAGUGAUGCUCGCCUUUGUAGCCAACACUGGAAUGGCCUACUCAGUAAUCGGUAUUUCUACUAUAUAUACUCUAGUUAGGCAAUCGCCCUCGGACCUUCCUUUUUCAGCGUUUACGUCAUUGAACCGUUUUGUCUCAACCGGAUUCCGAUCUUUCAUUUCCAGUAUCAUAGAAACCAAUGAGCAAGGUAAAGUUUUCUCUGUGAUCGCAUUGUUGGAGGGUGUAACUGGAAUUCUUGCUAGUACAAUUUUUAACAAUCUUUAUCCGAAAACGCUACAUUUCUUCCCUGGUUUGUUAUACCUCGCAAGUGCUGCGCUCCUGCUGAUUCCUCUUGGGAUUCUUGGGUAUGCCAUACAUUACUUGAAUCAUUGA